AUGAAUUCAAAAUGUAUUGAUCAAUCUGCAGCAAAAUCAUCAACUUCUCAUCCGCAAAAUAAUAUCGAAGAAAAUUCACCAAAAAAAAUACAUGAGACAGAAGUCCAGAAAAGGGAAAAUGUGAAUUUAAAAAAAGCGUUUUUACAUCUUUGGAAUGAUUUCAAACAAUCUUAUUCGGAUCCUUACGUUGUUAAAUUAUGCUUUUGGUGGGCUUUAGCUUUUGGUGCUUACGUUCAAGUUUAUACGUAUAUCAACGUUUUGUACACAUAUGUUUUAAAUUUAAAUAAUGAUGGGGAUUUUACUUUGUAUAAUGGUGCUGCAGAAUCAUUAAAUACCCUAAUCGGUACAACUUCACUAUUUUUCAAAUCUAAAUCUGAAGUAGCGAAACGAUUAGGAAAAGAUAGCUAUGGAUUAGUUUUUGGAUUUAAUUCAUUUAUAGCUCUCUUUUUACAUACAUUGAUGACCUAUGGAAUGGUCCAAGGACAUAUUAUUAGUGUCACAGUAGCUCAACAAAGAUAA